CAAAAUGAAAAUAGUUGUUGUGCCCCACCUUCUCUCUCUCUCUAUACAUAUUAGUGAAACCAGCCAAAUCACAAACACACAAUACAAUCUCUCUUUUUCUAUAAAUAAUACUUAAAUGUAUUCCACUCAUUUAUGCUUCUCCUUAGAUCCCUUUCCAUCUCUCUACCCUCAAAAAAGUCAGCGCCUUGUUUUGUCCUCUUUUUCUCUCUCUCUCUCUCUCUGCUCUUCCUCUCUCUCUAUCCCCUAAGAAGGUCAACAUGGAGGAAGAUUGGGAUCUACAUGCAGUGGUCAGAGGCUGCACAGCUAGUUCCACCACCACAACCACCAGCACCACCACCACUGCAACUUCAUGUUGUAGCUUCCAACCAAGACAAGAUGGCAACUUUUUCAGCUUUCAAGAUCCAUUUGUGCCAAGAUUUGACAACCCCACAAGUGAUUUUGAAGAGUUGCAUAAUCUUUACAAGCCUUUCUUUCCUAAAUCACAAGUACAACCACAACAACAAGUACCUCGUUCUCCUCAAAAUAAUAUAAUACCCAUUUCACCCCUCUCUGUUCUUGGUGGACUACAAGAUCUAUCAGCACCUCAACCAACACUAAAACAACAGCAGCAGCAGCAGCAACAACAGCAACAACAUAUUCAUCAGUUUUUUAACAGUACAAGACUAACACAACCCAAACAAUCUCUGUCUGUAAAUGGUUCAACAAAUAGUACAAUUACUGCUUCUUCUUCACUUGGUGUCUCACAUACUCAAAGCCCAAGACCUAAAAGAAGGAAAAAUCAAUUAAAGAAGGUAUGCCAAGUACCUGCUGAAGGUUUAUCUUCUGACAUGUGGUCUUGGAGAAAAUAUGGACAAAAACCCAUCAAAGGCUCUCCAUAUCCAAGGGGAUAUUACAGGUGUAGCACGUCAAAGGGUUGUUUAGCCCGAAAACAAGUGGAGCGAAAUAGAUCCGACCCGAAUAUGUUCAUUGUCACCUAUACAGCUGAGCACAACCACCCCAUGCCAACUCACCGGAAUUCCCUCGCCGGAAGUACCCGUCAGAAGCCGGCGAAUUCCGAAGCUGGCACCACUGCAAGCGACUCUAACAAACCUACCAGCUCAUCGCCGGUAUCUUCGCCGGCGUGCCAUUCUACGGCGACGGAGAAGCAAGAAAGCAGCAGGGAAGAAAAAGAAGACAUUUUCGAAGACGAGGACGAAGAAUUUGGCAGUUCCAAUAUGGGGUUAGAUAACAUGGAGCCUGCAGAUGAUGAUUUCUUUGAAGGGUUAGAUGAACUCGCUGCUCAGGCCACCGGGGAUUGCUUUUCCGAUAACUUUCAGGGGUCUAUGCAGCUGCCAUGGCUGUCAAAUAAUGCCACAACCACCGCAGCUGGCGGUGUUUGACUUGCCGGAGGAAAGUAUAUUUGAGAAACUGAUAAAGUUGUCACGUGAUCAAUAGUUGAUGGUUCAAAUCGUGAAAACAGUCACUAGCAGAAAUGAAAUGUAAGGCUGCAUAUAAUAGAUUUUUAUGGUCCAACUCUCACGUGUAGCAGGAGCUUUAAUUCAUUCGAGUGUUGUUUAGAAAAAAAAAAGUAGAAGAAAUUGAUGCUUUUCUUCUUAUUCACUUUUCUCUUUCACUUGUAGGAGUAUCUUUUUGUCCGUUAGAGAUAUAGGAAAAAGGAAAGUAAUAGAGAAUCUUCAAAUCACCGUGUCUUUAUAUUACGUAGUAUUUUUUUUUUCAAAAGAAUUGUUCUCUUUUUGUACGUGUUGGGUAUAAUCCAUUCCCCAUCAUCAUCAUAGUAGAGAGAACUUGUAGAGGAUAAAGGAAAAAGGGAGGGUUAGAUUCCAAUGUUCUUUGUAAGUAGUUUCUUAUGUUUGACAUUCGGUUUUCUAUAUUUACAUUAGAGCUUUACUGCUUUGGGUUCA